UACAUAUAUACAUAGACAGGGAAAGAGAGAAAAAGAGAAAUAGGAGAGGUAACCGACAGGGGAGAUUGAUUUUAUUUUUGGGACAAAUGUGAGAGAGUUGAAAACGUAUAAAUGUUAUAUGUUCGUUGAAUUCUGAUGACAGACAGUGUAUAUGUACAUGGCGAUACGUCGACGACCACGAAGUAACGGAUCACCUCGGCCACGUGAGCCGAUCUCGUGUAGCGCGAUGUCCCGCGACUGCGAGGUAUAAGCCGAUCUCGUUAGUUGACAGUCGACGGUGUGCGAGACGAGAGGAGAUUCACACCGAGUAACCAUGUAAAACCGGAGAAGUGAGAGACGCGUCGCGACCCAUCAUAGAUUCAAGCACAAUAAAGACUAGUAGGGCCAGGCACAAUAAAAUUCGGCCGUCACGUUGUAGGCAGCGAUCUGUUAGAGCGACAAGUCGUAUAAGUAUCUAUAUAGCGAGACUAUUAAAUAAACACAUAUUGUCUAUUGUCCGACGAGUGUAUUUAUUGUUGACACGCUGAUCGUUCCCUUCUGCAAGCGCUAUCGGAUAUUGGAUUAAAUAAACAUCUUACGAAGGAAAGAAGCACGCGUGAGUCAUUUAUUAACGUACGAACCGAUCGUCUCUUUCGGAACUUUCCAGUUUGUUCACGAAAAAGUUCUCCUUCCCUCGAAAAAUAAUUAGGAAAGUAGUAAUUAUUUAUAACGGUGCUGACGACUUUGGAAACUCGUCACUACCAGGACGAGCCAUUCUCAGUGACGAGCAGACUGAAGAAUCGAUAUCUAGCUGGAGAGAAAGACAUCGUCGUUGAUCGAAAAUCGCAAAAAUGAAGCUCGUCAAACGCAAGAAACCGUCACACGACAUAUUCAACAAGAUCUAUAUGGAGGAAAUACUUGACGCAUAUGAAAGACUUGUCAAAAGAUUGUCAUGGAGUCGUAUAUAUUUUGAAAUAUUACCGAAGCAAUACCAACGAGAAUAUUACAAAUAUCCUUUUGGCAAAGCUUUCAAUGAGACUUCUGGGGAAACUUUCAGCGAAGUCUUCAGCAGCGCUUUCCAGAAUAAAUUUGAAACAAUUUACUUUCAUUUUGACCCUAAGAAAUAUAAACUUCACGAGGCUUUCAAAAUAAUGUGUCAUUAUGAUCUUGUAGAUUCUUUGACGGAAGAAUUACACGAAAAGAAAGAAUAUCAACAUACAAAAACUUUAAUGGAAAACAUGAUGAAACCUACAAUGAACAAGAUUGACGAAAUAAACAUCGGGAGGACUAUAUUGAUGAACGAUGCACGUUCUUAUCAUAGUAGUUUGGAAUUCCUGCACUUGUUAUACACAAUGAACAAAUACAAGAUAUUGUCAGAAAACGCGUCGAGUGACAUGAGGGUGACUUUUCGAGAGAGGAAUCUGGCGGCGAAGAAUCGAUAUAUCGAUAUGCUUGAAGAUAUGUUACGCUGGAAGAAAAUGAAGCAGCAGGAGAAAUUCAACAGUUUCCUGACGCGUUACUACUCACAGCUGAAGAAACUUAACAAACUGGAUCUCGAGGCACAGAACUUGGGAGAGACAGUGGACUGGUAUAUAUGUGAUAAAAAAGGGAGCAAGAAAACGGAAGUUUUAACGGGACUCAAGUUGAUGUCUUAUAUUAAAGACCGGACUUUUCGAAGAGAGUUCUACAAAAUCGAAAUAAAUGGAAUAAAACAAAUAGCAAUACAUCAAAUCGCAACCUAUGUACGUGGAAAGACAAUUGAAACUCUGAAAUUAAACAUGAAGUGGUUAUGCAAUAGCAUCAAAGCAUACGUAGAUGAAACGGAUAAAUAUUCCUGCGACACCAAAAUUAUGGCGCAUAAACAAUUAGACUAUCUGUUGCAUUCGGAAGUAGAGGAAAAUUUAGAGAAAUUACUCUGCCAUUUUAAUCGCUCCACAGACCCAAAUCUCCACGUUAUUGCGAAUGGUAUGACGCGCUUAGACAAUGCGUUGAAAAUUCUGGUUACAAAGGGAAACAUGGAAACAAACAAGAAGAUACAGACACAAAACCACAAGAUCGAUCAAUUGGAAAUGAAAAUUAUUAGGCAUCUCAUUGAUACAACAACCACAAAAGAUGUUAAGAAUGAAGAAUGUGACAAUGCAAACUCGAUCAAUUACGAUAAAGUGAUAAAAAACUAUACAAAUUCAGAUGCACGUGCCGUGUCAUCAAAAAAGAAGUCGAAAAAUUCGGAAAAACCUGGAAAAGUUAUUUUUACGACAAAUGCUAAGAUUAUUUUUGAUCAGUCAAAGGAGGUUGUAAAGAACACAAAGUUGAAAUUAAAACUUGCAGAUUUAGAAAAACGAAUGGAAAGGUUAUCCCAAAUACGGAACGCAUGGUUGAAGAAACAUAAUCCUAAUGAAAAGAACAUCUUGAAGUACGAGAACGCCUUCGAUAAGAUAUUAAACAACAAAUUUAACAGUGUAGUUAGAAAAAUAGAGUUCAGUGAGGAUAAGAUAAUUCAGAAGGAAAAGGCGACAGUGCAGAUGACACAUUUGUUGAAUGAUCUAAAGCUGGAAUUCAUUUACACUAAUGAAAAUGAACACAAGACAAAACUGCCAGAGGAUAAAUAUCCAAAGUCGCAAGCUAACUCGAUUGAAAGAUGCGACAAUUGCAAAUUAAAUUAUUCUAAUAUACUAGACUGCACAAAGUACAUUACUCACUCGCUCUAUGAGGACAACCUGAACAAGUUUUAUGUAUUGACAACCACCAUGGAUCAGUUGUCCUUUCUUUUACAUAUGAUGAGAACAUCUAUAUUUCGAGACGGCAUGUCCCGUAGAAACCAGUGGUCGAUAAAAAAAAUGAAAAAGAAAAUAGUUAUGAUCAGAAAUCAACUAAAGAAAAUACUUGGGCUGAAUAUAAUUAUACCUUUAUUAACAAAAUGUACCAAUGCAAAUUCCUACAAGGUUUCAUUACCAAGAUGUUCCAAUGUAUUCGAUUCUGCAAAUUCCUACAAGAGGGUCUUUAUGGAUCAGUUAAAAAAUAAGGAUAUGUUAAAUGACUUAAAUCCUCCUACAUCAUCUUAUUCUGUGUCUACAAAUUCUUACAAGCCUUUAUUAACAAAAUGUUCCGAUAUAUUCGGUUCUGCAAAUUUCUACAACAGCGUCUUUAUGGAUCAGUCAAACAAUAAGGAUAUCUUAAAUGAUUUAAAUGCUCCUACAUCAUCUUUUGCGUCUGGAAAUAAUAAUGACAACGAUAAAAACGACAGUGCUAAUUCAUUACAGUAGACUUGCGAAUAUAAUCAAACUCGAGAAUCAUAAUGAUAUUUUUUCUAAUAAACUGACAUUUUUAUCUUUUAAUAGAAAUUAGAAAGGAGAGAAAAAAAGGCAAAAUUAAUAGAAUCAAUCAAAAAAUCUAUGAAAAUUAGACAAGAAACAAAAUUCGCAUGUAAAAAGUUCUUAAUAUUUUAUUAAUAUUAAAAAUAUGUAAUUUUAUGAAAUGCAUUUUUAACAAAAUUA